AAUAUCUCAUCCUUAUCCAUUCCCAAUUUAUAUAUAUAUCCUAAAAUCUCAUCAAAUCAUUAAGCAUUUUGAUGAUUUUUUAUUUUGGGUUUUAACAGAAACAACGAUGGCACAAUCAAUGGCUCUCAAUUCCUUAUCUUCUUCUUUUACUGGAGCUAAUAAUGAGCUUCCAAGAAUAAUACCCUCUUCAAGAUUUCAUGUGAAUUCGUCGACAAUUCGCUGUUGUUCCAGAAGUAAUUCUUACAUACCAAAGCUGGAGCCUUUUAGCAGAACCAAGCUCGAUAGAGCUGUUAAAGAUCCCCCUUUGAUUGAAAAAUCAGAAAAUGAACUUGCUGAUUAUUGUUCUGUUCUAGAAGGGGAUGAUUCGUAUAGCUGCUGGCGGGCCUAUUUUGAACUCAAAGAUCUUGAAAAAGAAGAACCUAAGGAGGAGGUAGAGAGGCUAAUACUUCAAGCAGGGGGCGUAAAAACUCUCAUUAGCUGCUUGCAUGGAAUUUCAGAAAUGCACAAAGCCAGAAAGAGAAGCAAAGGAUCAGCCAAAGCUAUGAUGAAUCUUGAGGCAGAAGGGGCAAGACAUUGUCCUAUACCCGAUGGAUUGCCAAAGAAAAGAGAAGAGCUCGAGGAGGAGGAGAAAGCUAGAAUGCCAGAUUCACCCUAUACCAAACUGCUCAGAGCCAGAGGAACACACCCUGUUUGGUACUCGACUACACUUGAUUAUUGAUAUGGAGGUUCAUACAGGGCUCUCGUCUUUGGAGCUUCAGAGUAAUAUGGUCAAGGAAUGGAGUUGAAUAGUGCACUUUGGUCACUGUAGUAAAUUUCUGGUGUAAUGUUAAAGCCUGUGAGGAUGUGGACGCGUAUUUUUGUUAGUUAUAGCAUAAAAUAGUGUAGUUUAUGGGCAAGUUAGGGGUUGCCAUUUAUUCUGAAUGUAUAUAAAAUAUGGUUUGUUUCUGGUAAAUUCUAAUUGCAGUGAAGUUUCUACA